AUGACAAAAGUUGUGAUAUGCAGCAGACUUCUAGAUGUCAGGAAGAAUCCUUGCCGGUUUUUGUCAAGGCCAGUGACAGAGUUUUGGAAGUAUUCCAGGAAAAAAGCCUUCCUAACAAAGGAAGGGGCUGCCACUAGGGAAAAGAGUGUGGACAUAAAUCCUGAGCUGAGAAAGAUAAAACAGGACCAAGGCUUCAAAACCGUAGCUCUGAGAGUGGCUUCUGCCUACCUCAAAUCGACAAGUAUUUUGUCUCAAAGUCAGUGUCUUGAGCGUCUUCUACUUUCUUUACUGCCUGCUCACAUUGCCAUGGAAAUGAAAGCAGAGAUCAUUCAGAGGUUACAAGGUCCGAAGGCAGGCCAGCUGGAAAACACCAACAACUUCCACAAUUUGUAUGUCAAAAGGCACACCAAUGUAAGCAUCUUGUAUGCUGAUAUCGUGGGAUUCACUCGCCUGGCCAGUGACUGCUCACCAGGGGAACUGGUGCACAUGCUCAAUGAGCUGUUUGGCAAGUUUGAUCAGAUUGCAAAGGAAAAUGAAUGUAUGAGAAUUAAAAUCCUAGGCGACUGCUAUUACUGUGUUUCUGGACUACCUAUAUCUCUUCAAAAUCAUGCCAAGAAUUGUGUGAAAAUGGGACUGGACAUGUGUGAAGCCAUUAAGAAAGUGAGGGACGCAACUGGAGUUGAUAUUAAUAUGCGCGUAGGAGUGCACUCGGGGAAUGUGCUUUGCGGCGUUAUUGGGCUGCAGAAGUGGCAGUACGAUGUAUGGUCUCAUGAUGUUACUCUGGCAAAUCACAUGGAAGCUGGAGGAGUCCCAGGCCGUGUUCACAUCACCUCAGUCACCUUGGCACAUUUGAAUGGAGCUUACAAAGUGGAAGAUGGGGAUGGAGAUGUGAGGGACCCAUAUCUGAAAGAGCAUAAUGUUAAGACUUACUUUGUAAUCAAUCCUAAGGGAGAGAAGCGAAGCCCUCAGCACCACAUUAGACCUCGACAUACUCUUGAUGGAGCCAAAAUGAGAGCUUCUGUCCGCAUGACCCGGUACCUGGAAUCUUGGGGAGCAGCCAAGCCAUUUGCACACUUGCACCACAGGGACAGCAUGACCACUGAAAACGGCAAGAUUAGCACAACAGAUGUUCCCAUGGGGCAAUAUCAUUUUCAGCGUUGCAGAGAAAGAACAAAAUCACAGAAAAGAAGAUUUGAGGAGGAAUUGAAUGAGAGGAUGAUCCAGGCCAUUGAUGGAAUCAAUGCUCAAAAGCAGUGGCUUAAAUCUGAAGAUAUUCAAAGAAUAUCACUUCUUUUCUAUAAUAAGACUCUGGAGAAAGAAUAUCGAGCAACUACUCUGCCUGCAUUUAAGUAUUAUGUGACUUGCGCCUGUCUCAUAUUCUUCUGCAUUUUUGUUGUGCAGAUUCUGGUAUUGCCAAAAACAUCUAUUCUUGGAAUUUCAUUUGGGGCUGCAUUUCUCUUGCUUUCCUUCAUUUUGUUUAUCUGCUUUGCUGGACAGCUUUUGCAAUGUAGCAAGAAGGCAUCAGCUUCACUGCUGUGGAUCCUGAAGUCAUCUGGAAUAAUUGCAAACCGUCCUUGGCCACGGAUCACUCUUACAUUGACAACCACUGCUAUAAUAUUAACUAUGGCUGUAUUCAACAUG